AUGGAAGAAGAUUUGGUGGUGAUCUCGAGGAGCAUCGUAAAUCCCAGAAAUGUAAACAAAUCGAGUUCUGUGAAGAAGAAGAUUCAUCUGACUCCGUGGGAUCUCUCUCGUCUUCGCUUUGGUUAUCUUCAAAGAGGUCUUCUUUUCCCCAAACCUGAUCCCAAAAUCAACACAAUAAUCUCACAGUUACAAACAUCACUCUCUGUAGCACUUGAUCGUUUCUAUCCUUUAGCUGGUCGUCUUGUCAAGGUAGCGAACGAGGACGAUACCGUCUCGUUUUUCAUCACCUGUGAUGGUUCAGGUGUGGAGUUUGUUCACGCCUCAGCUAGAAACAUCGAGCUCAGUCAUGUCCUUGCGCUGUCCGGUUCUGUCCCCGGUUUUUUCAGUUCCUUUUUUCCCGCGACUGGGAUCAAGAACUAUCAAGGUGUGUCAAGAUCUUUACUUAUGGUCCAAGUGACUGAGAUCAAAGAUGGAAUCUUCAUCGGUUUCGGUUAUAACUCUACCGUGGCUGACGCAACUUCGAUCUGGAAGUUCUUCAACGCAUGGUCAGAGAUCUCCUCCAAGAAUUUGAGAUCCGAAAGCUUCCAUGGCCAUCUUCAACUCAAAGGUUGGUUCUUUGAUGGGAUUGAUUAUCCAAUCCAUAUUCCAGAUCCUGAAACAACAAAAGCAACUGGUUAUGUAACGUCAACGAACCUACAAGAGAAGAUGUUUCAUGUCACAAAGGAGAAUGUUUCGAAACUUGAAGCUAAAGCCAACGAAGAGGCUGAUGAUCAGAAGGUCUCGUCUGUUCAAGCGGUGUUGGGACAUAUAUGGUGUUCAAUGAUUAAGCACAGUGGCAUGAGCCGAGAAGAAGUGACUCAUUGCAGGUUACCUAUAAACAUGAGGCGCAGGCUCAAACCGGAGCUUGAAGAAGAGUGUUUUGGGAAUGUGAGCCAAACCGGUAUAGCUACAGUCACGGUUGGGGAGCUGCUGGAGAACGGUUUAGGCUGGGCUGCUGUGGAAAUCAACAAAAUGGAGGAGUCGCAAACAGAUGAAAAUGCUAAAUCAUUUGCUGAGGACUGGGUGAAGAAUGUAAAGAUUCCGGUUUCUGUUGGUAGCAAAGAUUUGGUUGUCACUAACUCACACCGGUUCGAUGUGUACAUCAACGAUUUCGGUUGGGGUAAACCGGUUGCUGCAAGAGCUGGACCACCAUACCUCAAUGGGAGACUAGUUGUUUUCCAAGGAGUUGAUGAAGGAAGUCUUGAUUUUCAGGCUUGUUUAACGCCACAAGUUGUGGAGAAAUUAUUACUAGAUGCUGAUUUUAAAGAGUAA